UCGACGAUUUAUACAAAUUUUCAAUGUGAAAUUCAAUUCUACGACCCUUCGUCUCAACCUUAAAACCGAAUCUUUAAAAGUGUAUUAUAGCGAGAUACAUGAUGUUCAAGAAAUUAUAUCAUGUAAAAUAAGGCCAGAUACAUGGAACCAGAUUCAUGUCCUUACCCCUACCCCGAGGGGUUCACACUGACAAGAGGCCACCUGAAAAAACAAAAUGGAGGAAAGUAGAGGCGAUCGCGGUAAAAUAAAGGUUCUCACUUUAAACUGCUGGGGUAUUCCAUAUGUAUCCAGCGAUGUCAAAAAAAGAUUUACUUACAUUGCAAAAGAGUUGGCCUCUGGAAAAUAUGACAUCGUUUCUCUUCAAGAGGUCUGGAGUCAGACUGACUAUGAAUAUGUUGCUAAAAAAGUAACAGAAGUUUUACCAUACGCAGUCUAUUUUCACAGUGGUGUCAUUGGCAGUGGUGUCUGUGUGUUCUCUAAGUACCCUAUAACAGAUACGUUCAACUAUCGCUACUCUCUCAGUGGUUACAUGUACAUGAUUCAUCAUGGGGACUGGUUUGGUGGCAAAUCAGCUAGUUAUUGUCUUAUUGACCACCCAAUGCAUCCAAUAUAUCUAUUUACUACCCAUCUUCAUGCAGAAUAUAACCGUCAAAAUGACUCCUAUCUUGGUCAUCGCACAGUACAGGCAUUUCAGUUAUCAGAAUUCAUCAAUUAUCUAACAAAACCGUCUGACUGUGUUAUUGUUUGUGGCGAUAUGAAUACUGAGCCUACAGACACAUGUUACAGAGUCAUCAAACAUCUUCCUGAUCUUACUGAUACAUGGGAUGUGGCUGGACAAAAGGGUGAUUUCCAUGGCAACACUUGUGAUCUGAGCACUAAUUCCUAUACCACCAUUAAACUUGACAAAGAAUUGAGAGGAGGUUCGAAAGAUGGCAAGAGGAUAGAUUAUGUAUUCUACCGAGCUCCUCCCGGCACCAUUAGAUGUGUGGAGCACAUGGUCACCAUGGGUAAAAUUCCAGGAGAAGAUUUGUCAUACUCGGACCAUGAAGGAGUUCUUGCAACAUUUAUUGUGGAUGAUGAUACAUCAUCAAUAGAUAGUUCAGCAGUUGAUGGAGAUGAGAAAGAAAGCUUGAAGAAAAAGUGUGAAGAAGUUUUACAAGAAAUCAUGAAUGUCACACAACAUGAAAUAGAUAGCAUAUCUAAUGCAAGACUAACAACUUGUCUUCUUAUCUUCCUUCUUGCUGUUUUCAUUUUCUCUCCGUUAGUGUACUCAGCUGGCUUCUCAUCAGCUUUUCACAUACUAAGACCAUUAGGGAAGAUGGUGUAUGUACUAAGGUUUUUGAGCACAGUGUUUUUGACUGGUGUACUUUUUUAUGUGAUAUUUAAUUCAAGAGAUGAAUUGAAAGCCUAUCAGAAUGUACAACAUGAGGUUAAACUGCAAAUGAAAUACAAGAAGUAAUGAGAAAAUUAAUGAAUGAACUGGGAAAAUAUGAUUAAGUGUAAAUGUGUAGUUCCAGAAAGUAUCCAUACCCCACUCAUGGAGGAAAUUGGAAAUUCUGGAGGGGAGGGGGUCAGAGAAUGAACAAAAUUACAGAGUUUGUAUGGAAGAAAAUUGGAAGUUCCUGGGGGUAGGGGGGUCCUUCUACAAAUUCCCUCCAUGUUGGAGGUAUGGAUAUUUUCUGGGACUACACGAUGAUAAUGAUUUUUACGUGUGAUCUUGGAUUCCAAAUGAACACACUGCACAAUGGAUAAUAUUUAUGACAAUAAGCAAUCGCAUAUUAGCAUUCAUCGCAAAAAUUUAGAUKAUUUUAUUUGAUUAUAGUUUCUUAAUUCUUCAAUUUAAAAUUCUCAUUAAACUUUGAUAAUCUUGAUAAGAUAUAUAUAUAUAUGAAAGGAAUAUAAAACAUGCACACAUGUCUCUGUUCUGUGAUAUAAACACUCUGGGAGCUGUAGAGCACAAGAGAAGCAAACUUAGGARCACAAGGUGUGGCCAAGUGUUUCAAUUGCUUUUCGAGUGCUCUACAGCUCCCAGCUUAUUUAUAUCACAGUACAGACAAAAGCAGAUGUUUUAUAUUSCUUUCAUAAGAUAUGUUUGAGCAACUAUUUUCUGUCCUCUGAUAUAAUCACGGUAGCCAACCAAUUAGUGUGCACCAUAUAUCUCAUAUAUCUUAUAAUAAUUAUGAAUCAAAAUGUAUUUUUGAAAAUCUAAUAAAUAAUUUCCAAACUA